UGGGAUGGGGCAGACGACGCCGGCCACCCCCGCUCCGCUCCGUUACGUUGAUGAUUCGCGGCGGGAUUAGCGCAGCCUCGGCCCGCCCUCCGCCUCCGCCAACCCGCCCGGCGACAUGGAGGAUGCGACCGGCACCUCGCCGCUGCACCACAGUCCACCAGAAGCAGAGCUCGUACCCGAGCCGCUGCCCCCCGCCGGACCAGAGGAAGAUGGUGAAGUGGACACUGUGAACGGAGACUCCAGCCAGGGGAGCGUUGCUGAUCUAUACGCAGCCAUUUCUGAAGUGGAUGGUCUGUGCCAGGAGCCCGACAGUAUCCGCACCUGGAGGGAGGAGCAGGUCAAGCACUUGGAGGCUCUGGAUGAGAACUCGCGUGAGGCAGAGCUGGAGUGGAGGGAGAAAGCGAAGAGGGAGCUGGAGGACUGGUACACACAGCAGGAGGAGCAACUGGAGGGAAUGAAAACCAACAACAGGAUCCUAGAUGAAGCUUUCUACAAACAACCCUUUGCUGACGUCAUUGGCUAUGUCACAAACAUCAAACAGCACUGCUACAACCUGCAACAGGCCGACGAUGUGGCAGAGGAUGUGGGGCCGGAUCUGUGCUCGGGCUCAGACUGGGAGCGGGUCCUCCACCUGUGUGACCUGAACUCCAAGAGCAGCAAGCCGACCAAAGACGUGUCUCGGAUGCGCUCGGUGCUGCUCUCUCUCAGCCAGGUGCCCGUGCCCCUGAAGUAACGCCCAGGGUGGGGAGCGGGCCGUCUGUCGGAGGUGUCUCUCGCUCCCAUCUGCCAGCCCAACACCCGAUGCAGGGUGCCCACAACCUGUGCUUCAUUGUGUGUGUGUGUGUGUGUGUAUGUGUGUGUGUGUGUGCGUGUGUGUGUGUGUGCGUGUGUGUGUGUAUGUGUGUGUGUGUGUGGUGUGUGUGUGCGUGUGUGUGUGUGUGCCGUCACUCUAGUAUCAGUGGCCCCGCUCUCCUGGGCUCUGCUCCUCACAUGGUGUCUGUAAAUAUCGAUCCAAACUAAAUUAUAAACCAACGGGAAAUAAAAUUGAUCAGUGUGAAAUACUU